GAUGCCUUCACUUGGUGCGGGGUUACAGGACUUAACGGAACGCCCUAGGUUACCUCACUACUUCCAUCUCGGUCUCGGUAUUAUGUGUUGUGAUUGUUAACCCUACGACUAUGUGGUUCAGACCUUAUCAUGGAGCGCCACGCCAUUGGGGGUAUCGGAACUGACCAGCAGCCGCAGGAUACUCCUUGCUUGCUAUCCUGUGCUGGGGCCCGCUCCGGGGCCCAAGCGCUGAAGCGACGCCUAGGUAAGGACGCCUAAUGUGAAGUGUGGCGCGUGUCUCGUUUUCUUCAUCUGCUGCUUGGUGUGUCGCGGUGAUGUAAAGCGGUAAGAGCAAAUUGGUGACUCCCCUUGCCCACCUCUCAUCGAGCCACGUGGGUCCUCUCCUCUUCCUCCUGCCGUCCCUCACCACCACCGCCACAGUCAGGAAAUACUCCUCCUAGUCUCCCUCAAGCUGCAGAAUACACGAGUAAGGCUUCAUCAAGGGCGAGGAAGGAAGGAAAGAAGGAAGGAAAGGUAGGAAGGGAGAGAGGGAAAGUGUAGAAGCAACAACACAACCAGUAGGAGGAGGAGGAGGAGAAGGAGGAAAAGGAGGAAGAGAAAGAGGAGAAGGAGGAAAAUAGCACGAGGAGAGGAGUGAGUAAACCUGAUAUGUAAAUACCACCCCACUUCAUGUUCAUCUGACACCGAACAUCUGCACAGUCGUGGCUCCUCUCGGAUUGCCCACGCGGAGGAUGAACUAAGGGCAGGACGCUACUGACGACACUGUAGGAACCGUCAUGGCGUGUGUCGGGAGGGAAUCAAGAAUACUGUUGCUGCCGGUGCUUACUUCUUACAUCAUCCUUCUGGUUCUUCUUCAGUCCAGCACAGCCCAAGGAGCGGAGCCGCGGCCCUUCAUCCGCAACACUGCCAAUGCCCCGAGGGAGUUCCGCGAAGGGGACGACAUUCUGCUGACGUGUGUGGUGGCCGACCUGGGGAACCACACUGUCUGGUGGAGCAAGCGAGGCAACGGCAAGAAGACCAUCCUGACGGUGGCCGAGCGAAGUAUUACCAGCGACGAGCGAGUCUCCCUCCUGCAUGACAGAGCUCCCUCCUACAACAGCUCCCUCAUCAGCUCAGGGGGUGACGUGUGGGUGCUGGUGAUCAAGAAUGCCAGGGUGUCGGACGCGGGGAUCUACGUGUGCGAGAUCAACACCAACCCGUCCCUCACCUCAAUCUACGUCGUCAGUGUGACCUCUCAUCCCUUCACAGUCACCACGGCCAACGCCUCAGCGACGCAGGUGGCGCUCCGCUCGACGCACAACUACACUGAUUGCUGCGUCCAGAACAGCGUCAGCCCGCAGUGCCUUGGCUUCUGCGCCAUCCACAACAUCUUGGAGGGCAAAACCGGCAUCGAGCCAGAGGCAUGCGAGACCUACUUCCCCUUCAUCGUUAAGUGCAUGGCAGAUAUGAGGAACCACGUGCCCUGCUGUGACAAACAAGGCGUCCCGGACAUCUGCCAGGACCUGUGCCGCGGGGAGUACACCAUGCAGGAGGACAGGAUACAGUCGCACUUCUCCUGCACAUCCUACACCGAGGCAACGCUCAUGUGUAUCUCAGAGGGCAUAGAAAUCAUCCCGUCAGCGCCAGGCUCCCCCAGCGUGGAGGUGCUGGGCCCCAACUCCAUCCAGGUGAGGUGGGAACCGCCUCCGCCGGGCACCCCCGAGCCCGAACACUACCUCAUCCAGUACACCACCAUCACCAGGUUCGAUCCCCCCGUGGACGUGGUUGGCAACGUCACGAACACCACAGACGACAGCGACGACCAGCUGCCUCAGCCCAAGCGGGUGACCGUCAAAGUGGCGGCGACACAGACAGAGGCCGUGGUCAACUCCCUCACACCCAUGACCUGGUAUGAGGUGUCCGUGGUGUCCGAGAACAUGCACGGUACCUCCCUGCCCAGCUACAACCUGCGAGUGCUGACCCACGCGCGCCAGGCCAACAAGACCGCCGUGGUGCACCCAGAGCUGCCCGACGUGGUGGGCUGCUGCUCUGACAAGGGCGUCAAACACUACAGGUGCCUGAGGAAUGUGUGUGACCCCAGCAACAGGUACAUCAACGAGCCGGACAUGAUCGUGUGCGCGCCCUGGGCCACCGAAGCGUUCUCCUGCCUGGCCAACGACAUGGACCACUCUGACUGCUGCCGCGAGAGGGGCCUGCCGCCUCUCUGCGUGGAACUUUGCUCCGGCAACGUCACCAAGAUUGACUUCAAGUAUUUCAGGUGCGUGGAUUACUUCAACGAGUACCGCAGCUGCCUCAUGAAGGGCUACAACGUGCUACCGGGGCCACCGCGAGACGUCGGCGUCAGCAACGUCCACGCUAACUUUGUCCUUCUUCACUGGUCGCCGCCCGAGAUGCUUGGGAACUCAGUCACCACCUACCACGCCUACUUCAGACCAAUCCAACCCAGCCGCGAGUGCGAGAGCAAGUGGUUCAUCAACAACUUGGAGGUGUCGUACCACGGUGUGUACACGCAGUCUUCGCCCUUCGUGCUGGAGAAGCUUUGUGAAGACACCGAGUACGAGAUCUACGUGCAGGCGGUGAACAAACACGGCACCGGAGACCCGUCAGCGCGCGUCCUGUUUCGCACGCCGUCAAUAGUGCACGAGAGAAAGCUGGAGGAGACGUCUUACAACGUGACUCACUGCUGCGUCAGCGUGCAGAUCAGCCCGGGGUGCAUGCCUCUGUGUGACUACAACGCCCGUAUGUCCCACGUGCGUAUGCUGGCCACCACCUGCUCCGGCGAGCUGCCCAACAUCCUGCGCUGUGCCGUAGGAGGCCGCAACCACCAGCCGUGCUGCCAGCGGCGGGGCGUCCCUGAAUCCUGCAUGAGUCUCUGUGCGGGAACAUUCUCCAGUCAGGCAACGCCGGCCGUGUGCAUGCCCUACAUCGGCAACAUCAUGAUGUGCUUGGAGGAAGGCGUGGGAUACCUGCCAGGCCCCGUGAGGGACCUCAAGGCCACCAAGGUCGCCGACAGGGAGGUGACGCUGGUGUGGCAGCCGCCCGAGAAAGGCUCCAACAUCACCCAGUAUCAGCUGCACUACCAGAGCGUGGACAAACACUCCGCCGCUCUGGCCGUCUACUCGCUCAACAACACAAUGAACCUGACGGACACCGUGGCCACUGUACCCAACCUCAAGACAGGUAACAUGUACAACUUCUUCGUGAUCACCAUGAAUGAGGAGGGCACCUCGCUGCCCUCCGCUGUCCUCACCAUCAACGUCACCGAGGAGCAUGAAGACGACAGCGGCUUGACUGGAGUGUCGUCGGCGCCUCACAGCCUGGUGCUGGACGCCAAGACUGCCACCACCCUCACUGUUGUCUGGCAGCCGCCGGAGUUCGCGCAUCCCACCGACAGGUUCAUAUAUGAACUUCACUUCCGCGCCCUGGGCAGCCCCGGCGACCCCGACAACUACAACAUCACCACCACGGCCGCCACGGCGCUGCGCCUUGAGAACCUGACGCCCAACACCCAGUAUGUCAUCUACGUCACCGCCACCACCGACAAAGGGGAGAGCCGCCCCUCGGAGACGCUGCUGGCCUGGACCGACCCCGCCUACCCGGCCUUUGUGGAGGCUCCGACAGUCCACCCUAUCAACCUGAUCGUGGAGGGCGGCAAGAUGACAGUUCUCUGCAUCGCCAUGGGCUCCCCUCCUCCCACCGUGUCCCUCUACAUUUCCGGAGUGCUCAUUCACCAGGACGAGACGCGCCACAUGGUGACGGUGGUGCAGAACGUGACCAGGGACAUGCGGGAGAUCUCCUGUUAUGCUGACAACGGCUACGGCACACCCAUGCAGGCCUCCCGCACCAUCACCAUCUGCCCGUGAGUACUGUAUGGCUGGGCCUCACGCUUCGCACUGGUGGCGGCGACGUGGAAUUAUCAGUUGGCAUGCUUUCUUUGUUAUCAGUUAGACUGUUGUGGAUGAAAUUUUGUACCUAGCAUGGAAAUACUGGAAGACAAUUAUUUCAUCCAAUUCCGCCGCUCUUUUUUUCGCAGGUCGGCCCCGCAUCAAGGCGCGGGAGAGAGUGCCAGUCCCGGAGGGCACUUCGGCCACA